AUGGGUGUUGAUUGGAAGAUUGACAUUGACGCUCUUGCUGUCGUGCCUUAUGGCGCAGAAGGCCCUUGGGCCCGUGAGAGCCCAGGCUCGAUGAUUGCAAACUAUGUCGAGGAGGCCGUCAAGGAACUCGAAAGAAACCCCAAGUACCACGAUGAAAUCAAUAAGCUGGCCUCGGCUCAUGUCCUCACUAUGGACGUGGAUGAGGAAGAAACGUUUGAUGCAUGCGGAGCCAAGUUCACAAGCGAUGGGAAGCUUGCUAUAGUCUUCGGCGCCGAUAGACUCGGUUCCAACACUGGCGAUGCCUUUUGGCACAAGAACCUGGAGAAGGGUAUCAGUCUGGCCCCUUCUACGGAUGCGCUGAGCUUUUAUGCCCGCAAAGGUAUCCGUGAAGACUACGAGCCGGACAUUGCGGACGUACAGUCUGAACUCAAGGAUAUUAUCAAGAAGGAUCUUACCCUAGUUCCCAACUUUGAGGAGACCUACAAGAAGCUGAAGCUGACCAAGGAGGGCACCGACUUUGACCAAUACCUUGGCGCCUUUAUACUCAACUAUUUCCGUGGCCUGGUCAGUACGCUGAAGUGGCGCAAGUUUGACAGCGAUGAUAUGCUGCAGGAGGCGCUGAGUGAGGCUUUGGAGAAAGGAGAAGUGCAUUUCCGUAUCCUUGACAAAGUUGAGGGUAGUAGUGGAGAGGCAGCUAUUGAAGAUGGCAUACUCUACUUACAGACCUCACCCGACAAGUGGGGAUCAAACAUUGACGAUAUCUCCAACAACAUUAUGGAUCUGCUCUAA